AUUCUGGCCCCGGUUUCACAAAGAAUCUUAAGUUAUUACUCAUAAUAUAACUCAAAUUAUGUCUUAAGUCGAAUAAACUACUCAACUGAGUAAGUACCUUUUUGUGCGUUUCACGAAAGAACUUAAGUUUGAACUCAGUUGAGUCGAAAGUUAUAACUCAAAUGAAUCAAGUUAUGACUCAAGCGAUGAUAUUUUCAACGGUAUAAGCUGCCACAUCCGGUAACUCUUCAGCGCUCGCGCAUCAAAAAGGUAAAUAACUCAAAAAGUCCGCGAACAGCUGUCAUCUGUGGUCGUGUCGUCUGUACACAACAGGGAACAUAUUUGUCAACUAAAUUUAAUGGAAAAUAAAUUAAGUAAACGGGCGGCGAAUUGGGGAGAGACAGAACGGGCUUUUGCCAUUCAGUUGAUUCUAGAGAACCUUAAUUCACUGAAUGGAAAAUUUAGGGGGGCAACAAAUGGUGCCAAAGUGAAGCAGAAAACGUGGGAAGACAUUUCUGACCAGUUGAAAGCGUCUGGACAUUCGACAUGUGACAGAACCUCGGCAGACAUUAAAAAGAUGUUUUGCAACAUGAAAAGCAGAGCUAAAGAAAAAUAUGAUCUAAGUAAAAAAACAGGGGGUGGUCCUGUUGUUUCCCUGUCCCCGGUGGAGGAACAGAUUGUUGACCAUCUUCUGGCAAACAACAGAAGCCAGUUGAAAGGGUUGGAAACUGGAAUUGAUUCAAUGUCAAGUCACCCUGAAAAAUUAGUGCAGGAUUUACAUGUUCAUGAAGUGCCUGAUGUCUGCAGUGAAGUUGUUACAGUGCAGGAGGUGUUUGAAGGAGACAAUCUUAUUGACAGCAAUAACAAUACAUUAAGCUAUGUGCCACUUGGAGAGAAAACACAAAACAAGCCAAAGAAAACAAAUGUAUCAGCUAAAAGAAGACAUGAAGACAAAGAAGAUGAGUUGUAUUUACUGGAGAAAAAGAAAAUACAGGCAGAAAUUAACCAAAUAGAACAAAAAACAGAACAUGAUAAAGAACUUUUCUUACUUCAAAAAAAAAUUCUAGAGAAACAAAUCAACCAAUUAUAGAUAUAUUUCAGCCUUGUUGUAUAACUGAAAAGACAUGUUGUGUUAUGCCUUCAGUUGUAUAUCUAUAUGUUAGUCUUUUUGUAUUAUCUUGUACACUUUGCUUGUUUACACCUAAGCAAUAUUCAUGAUGAUAUUGUAAAAUAUUCAUUCCAAGUUGACAAAUCAUUCUUAUUCACUUUAAUUUAAUGAUUCAUUAAAUUUUUGACAGUAAACAGAAACUAUACAAUUUUAUCAAUUGAAGUUUGAUGACAAAUGUAAAUUUUGGUAUAUAUUUCCUACCAAUGUGUUAUUACUUCAAUCAUAUAAUAAAUCAAAAGAAAUAAGAUGCUUAAAAAAUUAAUUCAUCAACAGUAAAACAUCACUUUUAGAGAUGGUAUUUAUUAAGUUUUUUAAGUGUUAUAAAAAACACAUCACUUUAUAUUUCAUUCUUCUUCUUAAUGCACAUGAAAGUUCACAAUUUAGGUAUAUCUUUGAAUCCAUGACUUUUUUUCUUGCUUUUAUAUUUCUGACAAGCAAAAGCAGUAAAUAAGCUUAUCUUUUGUCAACAUUACUUAUGAUGUUCAACACUAAGAUUUAAUAUAGAUUCCGUAAACAUUACAGAUAUAGGGGAUAUUUGUUUGUUUUGCAUGUAAUAUUGAAA